CUGAAUUCACCUCUCCGGUCAACAUGUCCUACAGUUGCUGCUCUGGAAAAUUCUCCUCCCGCUCCCUUGGGGGCUACCUGUGUUACCCACGCUUCUCCUGUGGCUCUUCCUACCCCAGCAACCUGGUCUACAGCACUGACUUCCGCUCUCCCAGAACCUGCCAGCUGGGCUCCUCUCUCUACAGUGGCUGCCAGGAGACCUGCUGGGAGCCCACAAGAUACCAGACCUCCUAUGUGGUGUCCAGCCCCUGCCAGAGGUCCUGCUACCGUCCAAGGAUCUCCACAGUCUGCAGUCCCUGCCGGUCAACUUAUGCCAGGUCUCAGGGUUCUGGGUCCAGCAGCUGCUGCUCUCUCGGCUAUGGAUCUAGAAGCUGCUACUCACUGGGCUGUGGAUCUCGUGGCUUCAGACCCCUGGGUUAUGGAGUCUGUGGCUUCCCUUCCCUGAGCUAUGGAUCCAGAUUCUGCUUUCCAACCCACUUUGCCUCCAGGAGCUGCCAAUCAUCAUGUUAUAGACCAAUCUGUGGAUCCAGCUACUAUCAAUAAACUUGCUGAGCAUUCAGAAAUUUUGAGCAAUAUGUCUAAUCUCCAAGCAGUGUCUACUCAUGAUCAGAUUCAGAGCCUUUCAUGAUCUUCGGGAAAAACUAUCUGAUCAGGUGCUCUUCAACAUC